AUGAGAAGGAACUUUUAAAAUCUCAUAAAAGAUCCUCCAAUAAAUGUAUAAAGAGAAUAAAAACCUUAAUAACCUGCUGUGGUAUAAGUAGCUGAAUGGAAUAAGGCAUUAGAAUAUUUAGAUGCAGGAGAUAUAAAUAAAGCUUAUGAAGAAAUAUUAAUAUCAGAGGAUGAUUUAUAUUUAUUAAGAUUAAUGACAAUUACUGGGCCUUGUGUAAAUAAAUUGAAUUAAAAGAUUGCUUUUUAAUUGCAUUAGAAGAUUAAAUUAUUAAUGAAGUCAGAAUUUUGGAAGGUGCUUGCAUUAUAAAUGUUGGGUAAUCUCUCAUCAAAAUAAGAAUGUUUAAGGAUUGAAUAAAAGUAAAAAUUACAACAAUUACUAUAUUAAUGGAGUAAAUCAUGGUAACCUUAGAUUAGUAAGGAAACUGUAUUACUAUACAAUUCAGGAGUGUUUAAACCUGAUCAUAUUAUGUGA